CUUUUGCGCCUGUGCAGCUCCGCCACUGCCCAGCAUCUUAUCCCGAAAACUGCGGACCCUGCACUAUGUUUGGGUUGGAUUCUGUGUCCCAGGAGCUAAUGUGCAGACAGCUUUACACAUGAGGAUCUAGGAAUAAGCCACACCAAUCUUUCUCUUGUUUUCCUCAACUUAUCAUAUCUUCCAAAUAUAAUUCCACAGUCCUCCACAUGUUUUCAAGAGCAAAGACAAUGAAUACAUCUCUGGGAUUGGUGUCAUUUGAGGAUGUGGCAGUGGUCUUCACCUGGGAAGAGUGGCAAGACCUGAAUGACGCUCAAAAGACCCUAUACAGGGAUGUGAUGCUGGAAACCUACAGCAUCCUGGUGUCCUUGUAUGUCCAGAAAGUAGAUGAACAGAUUGAAAGAAGCCAACAAAAUCAAGGCAGAUGUUUGCAUCAAGUUGUAAUCACCAACAUUAACAUGUCAACAAACAAGACAACUGAAUUAAGAAAUACAGUUAAUUUGAAAUCUGACCAUAUUUCAAAACUAAUUAUUCCUGAAGAGUUUAAUAUAUGUGAAAAAACUCUUCUCUGUAGUGAUUCUGAUGAGAUGUAUGCUGGUGAAAAACCUGAUGCCUCUUCAAUAACUGGAAAAUGCCUCAGAAAUCAUGGUCAUAAUUUGCAUCACAUGACUCAGACUAGGAAGCAGCAUUUUGAAUAUAGCGGACAAGAGAAUGCCUUCAUUAUGGAAUCAGUAUUAUGGACACCUAAGAGGAUUCAUAUGACAGAGACCACUUCUAAUAAUAAUGUAUAUGGUAAAGCCCACAUUAAGUCACCCCUCAUUGCUCAAGACACAACUCAGAUAGGGACAGAAUCUUUUUGUGAAACUUCUAACUCAACCAAACAUCAGAAAAUAAACACAGAAGAGAAACACCAUAAAUGUAGCAAAUGUGAGGAAUUCUUUCAAAAAUCGAUUUUUACAGUUGCUCAGAGAACAUACACAGGUGAAAAGCCCCCUGCAGGUAAUAAAUGUGAAAAAUUAUUUCCUCAGAAGUCAAACCUAUUGAGUCAUCAGAGAACCUACAUAAGAGAAAAAUUCUAUCAAUGUACUGAAUGUGGUAAAGCCUUUUCCCAGAAAUCAAAACUCACCGUGCACCAGAGAACUCACACAGGAGAGAAGCCUUAUGUAUGCAAGGAAUGUGGAAAAUCUUUUCACCAAAAGUCAAAUCUAACUGUACAUGAGAAGACUCACACAGGUGAGAAGCCCUAUCAGUGUAAAGAAUGUGGGAAAUUUUUUCACCGGAGGUCACACCUCACUGAUCAUCAGAAAACUCACACAGGGGAAAAACCCUAUGAAUGUAAAGAAUGUAAGAAAUCUUUCUACCGAAAGUCAAAUCUCACUGUACAUCAAAGAACUCACACAGGUGAGAAGCCAUAUGAAUGUAAGGAAUGUACAAAAUCUUUCUAUGAGAAGCCACACCUCAUUGAACAUCAAAGAACUCACACAGGAGAAAAACCCUAUGAAUGUAAAGAAUGUAGGAAAUCUUACUACCGGAAGUCACACCUUACUGUACAUCAGAGAACUCACACGGGAGAGAAACCAUAUGAAUGUAAAGAAUGUGGAAAAUCUUUUAGCCAAAAGUCAUACCUCACUGAGCAUCACAGAACUCACACAGGAGAGAAACCAUAUAAGUGCAAUGAAUGUAGUAAAACCUAUUGUCAUAAGUCAAAUCUUAACAAACAUUACAGAAUUCAUACAGGGAAAUAAUCGUGUAUGACAAAAAUGUUUUAUUUUCCAAAACCAUUCUAUUACAUAUUCUGAGGCAUGUGCGCCUGAAUUUCUUAGUCUCCUUUUAUUGUGGGAGAGACCAUGUAACUGAACCUUUUCUGGAGCAAACUGGAUACAAGGGCUAACUAAUUCCAGGCCUGGCAACCAAAAAUGUCUAUGGAGUACUUUCUUAUUUCUCAUUCCCUCUGGGAUUGAAAUGCAGGUGAUCUUUUUACCCUAUAGAGGCCUUGGGAGCUGUAAGUGGGAAGUCACCAUGACUUAGAAGAAAUUGAUUGGAGAAAGCAGAGAUUGUUCUACCUUUACUCUAAAAUUUUUUUCUUGUGAUUUUACAAGAGUGAAAAGUAAAUAACUACUCUUUUGAGCCAUUUUCUUUUUUUCUUUUUAAAUUUUUUAUAUACAUUCAAUCACAUUAU